AGGGAUGCUAGUGUGUUACUACAUGCAUAUGUCCUAUUACUGAUAGGCAGAGCACAUGUUGGGGGCCAGUCCAGAGACUGUUGAUCAAGAUGUCAGACAACAGUGUUAAUGCGUGCAUGGAACAGCGUGUGGUGAUGACGUUUCUUGUGAACGAAGGCGUAAAACCCGCAAAUAUCUACAGAAGACUGCAAGCAUGGUACAACGAUGAAAUGCUCAGCCACAGUAAGACAUGUGAAUGGUGUAAAUGUUUCAAAGAUGGACGUACGUCCAUCAGUGACCAUCCCAGCCAUGGUGGUUCCCAGCCCACAGCAGUCAUUCCU